CGCUCAUAAUUACACGGUGUUUCCCUCUCUGGGUUUGGACUCAGACUCCAGCUAGUAUAUAAAGGACCUGUGAUCAGACUCAGCGGAUGGCCCAGUGAAUGAGACCUCUCAAGACUGACCUGCAGGGACCGCCCAGGGCAGGAAAGCAGUGCCAGCAUGUGGACGGCUUGGUGUGUGGCUGCUCUGUCUGUGACAGCUGUGUGUGGCACCAGCCAAGAGACAAACACUGUCCUCAGGGUUACCAAGGAUGUGCUGAGCAAUGCCAUCUCCAGCACCCUGAAGCAGAGCGAUACCCUCCACUCGGCUCUGAGAGAGGUGCCCAUGGGUAAAGCUGGUGUUGGCGGUGUUCCUUACAACGAUUUCCAUGUCCGAGAUGCCCCCCCCAAAUAUACGAAUGGCAAACAGCUUGGCGGUAAUUACAAGUAUGGUCACAUCGAAACCAAUGACAACACUGCUCAGCUGGGGGGAAAAUACCGGUACGGUGAAAUCCUUGAGUCGGAUGGAAGCAUCAGGGACCUCCGCCGUGGCGACUACCGCAGCGCUGCGAGUGCACCCGGUGGCCAGAGGGGCUUCCCGCAAUAUAAGUCAGCUAAAGGUGCAGCAACCGUGGGCAGGCUUCACCGGCGAGAGCUGCGGCCAGGAGAGAUCCCACCUGGUGUAGCCACUGGGGCCCUGGGCCCAGGUGGUUUGCUGGGCGCUGGUGGCAUGCUGGCAAGCGAUGGCAUCCUGGCAGGACAAGGUGGCCUGCUUGGCGGAGGUGGUCUCCUUGGUGAUGGAGGACUUCUCGGAGGAGGAGGCGUCUUGGGUGUGCUCGGCGAGGGCGGCAUCCUGAGCACAGUGCAAGGCAUCACAGGGCUGCGGAUUGUGGAGCUGACCCUCCCUCGGGUGUCUGUCCGGCUCCUGCCCGGCGUGGGCGUCUACCUGAGCCUGUACACUCGCGUGGCCAUCAACGGGAAGAGCCUCAUUGGCUUCCUGGACAUCGCCGUGGAGGUGAACAUUACAGCCAAGGUCCGGCUGACCAUGGACCGCACAGGCUACCCCAGGCUGGUCAUUGAGCGAUGUGACACCCUCCUGGGGGGCAUCAAAGUCAGGCUGCUGCGAGGGCUUCUCCCCAACCUCGUGGACAACUUAGUGAACCGAGUCCUGGCCAACGUCCUCCCUGACUUGCUCUGCCCCAUCGUGGACGUGGUGCUGGGCCUUGUCAACGACCAGCUGGGUCUCGUGGACUCUCUGAUUCCCCUGGGGAUACUGGGAAGUGUCCAGUAUACCUUCUCCAGCCUCCCGCUUGUGACCGGGGAAUUCCUGGAGCUGGACCUCAACACUCUGGUUGGGGAGGCCGGAGGAAGUCUCAUAGACUAUCCACUGGGGCGUCCAGCCAUGGCUCCCCGGAAGAUGCCAGAACUGCCCCCCAUGGGCGACAACACCAACUCCCAGCUGGCCAUUUCUGCCAACUUCCUGGGCUCGGUGCUGGCUCUCCUGCAGAAGCAAGGGGCGCUGGACAUAGACAUCACCGAUGGCAUGUUUGAACAGCUUCCUCCACUCACCACGUCCACACUGGGGGCCUUGAUUCCCAAGGUGUUCCAGCAGUACCCUGAGUCCCGCCCACUCACCAUCAGGAUCCAGGUGCCAAACCCACCUUCAGUGACACUGCAGAAGGACAAAGCGCUGGUGAAGGUGCUUGCCACCGCAGAGGUCAUGGUGUCCCAGCCCAAUGACGUCGAGACCACAAUCUGCCUCAUUGAUGUGGACACGGAACUGCUGGCCAUGUUUUCCGUGGAGAACGAUAAGCUCAUGAUCGACGCCAAGCUGGACAAGACCAGCCUCCACCUCAAAACCUCAAAUGUGGGCAAUUUUGAUGUGGGCCUCAUGGAGGUGCUGGUGGGGAAGAUCUUCGACCUGGCGUUCAUGCCCGCGAUGAACGCUGUGCUGGGCUCCGGUGUCCCUCUCCCGAAAAUCCUUAACAUCGACUUCAGCAAUGCAGACAUCGACGUCCUGGAGGACAUUCUGGUGCUGAGUACCUGAGUGACAGGAGGGAGAGACGCUGAUGCCCGCCCUCCCACCCACCCCCACAGAAGAGAGCAGAGCCAGCCCUGGAAAGGCUCACCUGACAGAGCUCCCUGCCCCCCAAGUCCCUUCGGCCCCUACAAAAGGUCCCUUCCCAACCCUCUCAACUUCAACCCACCUGACCCCACUCCAAAAAAGGAUCCAGCCAUUCACUGCCCUUAUUGGCAAAAAAUUCCAUCCACGGUCAGCCCCCUGCUCAUCCCCCUCGCUGGGGGAGGAAGUUCGCCUCGAGGACCCAGGCCUUUCGACUCCACGUUGGACUCCAUGCUGAGCACUUUAAGCUUUCAAUAAAAGAUUUCACCCUCCCUGCA